CGCAUGUCGCAACCGACCCUCAAUUCCAGCCUGAGCGGCAUCAAUUCGUUCAACUUCGGCAUGCACCGCGGCAGCGGCGGCGGACGCCUAUCCUACACCAGCCUGCGUGCCACCUCGGGCGACAACAGCAUCAACGAGGAGGAGAGACUGUCGACGCCGAACGUGCACGCCCUGGGUGGCAGCGUGAGCCCCCGCGGUAGUCUGACGAUGGAGAGGAGCUCGUCGCGGCUGUCACAGCCGGACGUGCGCCGAUUCGCCCUGCGGCAGGACAAGCGCGAACGGCUGUCGCAGCCUACCCUCGUCACCGGCGAUUACUACCCCGGCCGAGUGCAGCAGCGACUGUCCCAACCGUGCCUGAGCACCGGCCGGGAGAUCGGCGGUGUCGGCAUGCACUCACCCUCGCCGCCGCCCUUCCCCCUCAAGCACAAGAGAUUCGUGCCAGCCGUUCUGCAAGCCAGCCAGCGCGACCGUCUGUCGCAGCUGGACAUCGGCUCCAAGUAUCGAAACAUCAAGGACAACAACGCGCAGGUGAAGUUUAAUCGCGAUCGGUUCUCGAUACCGGAACUGGAAACGCAGAACGACCUGCGACUGAUCGCCGGCACGCCCAAGCAGCGCUUCAGCCUGGACAGCCAGCUGGCAAAGCAGCGCUUCAGCUUGGACAGCCAGGACAGCUGCAAGUCGCGACUCCUGCCGAUCGCCAGCUCGCCGAUCUUCGAACACCAGCAGAUGAAGACCGAGGAGCUCACGGGAAUAACGUCCGACAAGCUGAAGAGCCCCACCUGCGAGGUUCUCCAGAGCGUGAUCGUCGCGAGCACGUCGCCGAUCUUCCCGCCCGGCGAGAGGCGGUUCCUCGCGCCGGACUUCCCGUUCACCGGCAGGAAAACGUCGACGUUGCCGUCGCCGCCCAAGUCCGAGAUCAUCCCGUUCUCGAAGGCGCGCUCCUCCGGCAAACCGCCGCCGAUCCCGGUCCGAGAGAGGAUGUCGGUACCGGAGAUCAGGAAUUCAAGCCUGCGCCGGUUGCUGGACCCGCCUGUCCGGCAGCGGCACAGCAUCGCCGGCAAUCUGCGGCAGUCGCUGCUGUCGCCGGUGAAGCUGCCGGAGUUCGGCACCGGCGGCAGAAAGUCGCCGCGAUACUCGAUCGACGACGCGCUCGAAAAGCUGAAGAGGAUCGAGAAGGAGGAGAACCGACAGAACCAGGAGACGAGGAGCGAGAAGGAGCAGGAGGUCAAGGAGCAGGAUCAACAGCGACAGGAGAAGGAGCCGAAGCACAUCCAGCGGCACUACUCGUACACGUACGAGACGCCCGGUAGCGACGAGAGCGGCAGCGUCUCGACCCUCGGCAAGCUGAGCGUGGGCGGCACGCCGAAGCGCAAGUACCUCGAGAGCAACUUCGACGAGAACGAGCAGGUGAUCACGACGGUGAUCGAGACGGAGGUGCCGAUGAUCCUGCCGAACACGCCCGGCAAGUACGCGAAGAAGGCGCAGGCGUACUCGAACGAGACGCCCAAGUGGAUUCGAAAGUAUCUGGAGAACGAGAGCCCGAAGGUGGGUGGUAGGAAGACCUCCACUACCGGCAAGGACCAGGUCGACAGGACGAACCGCAGGAAUAGUCGCAGAAAGAGCUCGCUGGAGUCGAUCGAGGCGGUGACGAGGAAGCCCGAGGAGAAGACCCGCUCCAAGUCCGCCAGCUGCGAGGAGAGGAGUGCCAAGGGUGUCACGGAGCAGAAGGAUGGCAUGAGGGAGACCUACGUGAGAAUCGUGCCGUCCAACAAUGCCCAACAGGAGAACAGAUACGAGAUCGGUGUGGAGAACACCGCGACCUGGACGAAGACCGACGGGCGGGGUCUCUACGGCGAUGACACCGACACGGACGAUUCCACAUCGGUCUAAACCGAUGGAGAAGCUGAAGAAGAAACGGACGAAACGUCGAAAUUCGAUCGCUCUGAUUGUCGCCUGCUGAUCAUGGCAUGAUGGCAAUCUUGAAGAAAUGAAAAACGAAUUCAAUUAUUUUGAUAAGUAUGCAUCUCGGAAUAAGUUACACGAUCAUCUUUCUCGAGUAAAAAAAUAUUGAAGAAAUCACAAUUUACGUUGUUAUAGAAAUUUGUAUUAAUAAUUGAAAAUGAUUGGGGUGAUCGAAUUAAAUGAUUGAUCGUGUACUCGAAUGCGGAUCAGUCUCACUCUCCAGGAUUAUUGAUGAACUAAUUAUUAUUAUUAUUUCCAAAGGUAUAUCAAUCAAGAUGAUAUACCUAUUAAUUAAAUUACUUAAUUAACAAAUACAGAUCUUCAAAGAAUGCAGACUUUUACACUUUUCGACUUGAGAAUUUUCCUUUGUAAAGAAUAUGAAAUUCUCAUCGCAGUUAACAUUUUAACGAAAAACAUUGUAAUAUCUCGAAUAUUAUCGUAACGUAAAAUAUUUGCACGACGGAAUUCUCCCAGUUUAAGUUUACACAGCCCUUUUACGUAAUAAAAGACUGAAGAAAAUAUAUGUACACCCAGAGUGCUAUGCGCAUGAGAUCAGUGAAACGAAUCCAGCACAAGCGAGACUGUACACCUUGAUCAAGGCAGACACGAGAGAGAUCGACGCAAGAAAAAGGAAAAAGAUGAUCUCGAACAGAAAUCUCGGAUAUUUUGUACUUAAAUAUGUUACUAUUCUUCCGAUAGAACGAACCGGAAGUAAAAGCCGAAUGCGGACAUCUAUUUUUGCACAAACAGAGGAUCACGAUAUGUAUACACGCGAUAUUUCGCAUGCAUUCAGCCUAAAUGAAAGUCAGAUUUGUGCUUCACUGAUUUCCUUGAUUCCGAAAUGAUUUCUGCUUUGUAUAUAUCUCGGAUGUCCAAGAGGAGAGCCAGGAAGAAUAUAUAGGGCGAUCGAAAAAAUGGAGAAAAAUUUUGAUCUUCGUCAAAAUCGCACGUCAAAAUUGACACAGCUCUUUGGAGCUCGUUUAUUUUGGAUCAUUGAGCUACGUGUUUUUCGUUCGAAUUUCGAACUAUGUGAAACCAUUCGAUCGUUUUUGUGAUGUGUAUUUUGUGCACUAUUUUUAUCAAGCCUAUAGAAAUUAAGUGUAAAGAUAAUCACCUUGUACAUAUAUACAUCAGCUACAGAAUUAUAAUAUAUUGCUGGAUGUCGAUCGUUGCAUUGUUACGUCGAAUUUGUGAGAUCGUUUAAUGUUCUUGAACGUACAAACUUUUCAUUUUUUUCAUCGGAAAGAUACUCUUCGCUUGCAAAUACUGUGUCGGAUUUUCGCGAUUAUACGUACUUUUAAUCACAAAAUCAAAUUUAUUUAGCGUAACAUACAACGCGGGAAAAAGUUCAUUUUUUGAUGAUACUAGUCAUUAACACAACUUUACGAGCGAUAUAUACGGAUAUAUAUAGGAUGCCAUCAAUAAAUUAUCUUUACAAAAAAUUAAUUAAUAAUAAACAGAUAGCAUUCCUC